AUGGAUGUGAAGCCCUUGUUUGCGGCUGGGUUCUUGCCCCAGCCUAUUAUUGACUACCCCCAGCAGACCACUCGUGCGGCCGUUGAUCUAGUCCUUCGCGGGGUUCGCUCACGCACGCCGGACGUAGACCUUAUUCUAGCUCAUGCAGGCGGCACUCUUCCUUACCUAUCCGCUCGCGCUUCGGAGAGUCUCAUCGUUCCAGAAAUCUUGAGUGUGGCAAAUGUCACCACUGCUCAGGUCAAGGCUGAGUUCCGCCGCUUCUACUACGACAUUGCCCUCAGUACCACCAAGACCCAACUUACGGGGCUGUUGGAAAACACAGAUACAUCCCAUGUGCUCUACGGAUCCGAUUAUCCCUACGCUCCCCCGGUGGCGAUUAAAGGUACCAAAGCAAGCUACAUCUCCUUUGCAGACGAUCACCCGGAACUGGGCCCCGACGUCCUCUCGAGAAACGCCAGAGAUCUACUCGUCAAGCAUAGGCAAUCGCCAGAAUUGAGUGAUUAG